GUGGAGAGGAUGACGGCACACGAUCCAAUCGAAAAGGAAAUGGCAACACAGAAGAAAGAAGAACGGGUCAGGCAAGCGGAGGAGAAGAAGCAAGUGAAAAUGGCCCAUGAUUCACUCACGUCGUCGGGCAACCACCCGUGCUCGUAUUCGAACACUACAGGUCCCACAACGGGCCAUUCGACCGGGCUUCACCAAAUGUCGGGCAUGCCUGGGCACGGCACCGGAGCUCCCAUGGGACCGGUGAUGGAGGGGGUGGUGGAGUCUCACCCCAUCGGAACUACGGCCGUUCCCCGGCCUACGACCACCACCGCCUCCCAUGUGGAGGAGCCUGGCGGCGCUGGUGCCAACAAGGGCGGCUGUGGUUACGGAACUGGCGGCGCUCAUAACUAAUCGAUUGUAAGAUUAGUUUAUUUAUAAAUUUGUUCUUUAAAUUGGAUUUUGUGCGUUCCUAUAAUACCCCUAAGGUAUAAUAACGUGUUUUUCUCUUA